UAAAUGAAACGCACCGUUUCGGGCUUCCCCAAAUCUAAGCACAGUAGACUUUAUUCCUCGGUCUUCUUCAACCUGCUGCAACUCACACUCGCAAGUCACAGUUGCCUCCAUGGCAGCUCCACCUCAAACUUUAACCCAACCCCAACUCCUCAAAACCCUAACCAAUCUCUUGACCUCCACAAAAACCCUAAACCCAGAAACCCUAAAACCCCACAUUCCGCAUCUGACCCAACCCCUCCUCCUCUCCAUCAUCUCCUCCAAAACCCUAGCCUCCCAGCCCACCACCCUCCUCUUCUUCUUCCGGUGGGCCCAGGCCCACACGCCCUCCCUAACCCAAUCCCCACAAACCCUCCUCGCCCUCCUCCCCUCCCUCUUCACCCACCACAAGUUCUCCGAUGCCAAAGCCCUCCUCGUCCAAUUCAUCGCCGCCGAUCGGCAGAACGAUCUCCACCGCCUUAUUCUACACCCGGACCCCACCGUCCCGAAGCCCUCGAAGGCCCUUCUGGACACUUCCAUUGGGGCAUAUGUGCAAUCCGGGAAACCCCACCUUGCAGCCCAAGUGUUUGAUAAAAUGAAGCGGCUUCGGCUUCAGCCCAAUUUACUCACCUGCAAUACUUUGAUUAAUGGUCUGAUAAGGUACCGGUCCUCGCAUUCGAUUUCAUUGUCUAAAGGUGUGUUUAAGCAUGCUGUUGAGUUAGGGGUUAAAGUGAAUACGAAUACUUUUAACAUUUUGAUAUAUGGGUAUUGCUUGGAACAUAAGUUUAGGGAUGCUGUAGAGUUGUUGAGUAGGAUGAGUGAAUUCAGAUGCGUGCCUGAUAAUGUCAGCUAUAAUACGAUAUUGGACUGGCUGUGUAAGAAGGGGCAGUUGAAUGAGGCCCGGGACUUGUUGUUGGACAUGAAGAAUCGAGGUUUGUUUCCGAAUAGGAACACGUAUAACAUUUUGGUUUGUGGGUAUUGUAAGAUGGGGUGGUUGAAGGAGGCAAUGCAGGUGAUUGAAUCAAUGACACGGAACAGUUUGCUGCCGGAUAUUUGGACGUACAAUGUCUUGAUUAAGGGGUUGUGUAGGGAGGGUAGGAUUGAGGAGGCUCUGAGACUUCGGGUUGAGAUGGAAAAUUUGAAGUUGAUGCCUGAUGUUGUCACGUAUAACACAUUGAUUGAUGGGUAUUUUGAGUGGAGGAGCGAUUCAGAGGCCUUUAUGUUGAUUGAGGAGAUGCGUGAAAAGGGAGUGAAAGCAAAUGCAGUUACUCACAAUAUAAUAGUAAAGUGGUUCUGUAAAGAAGGGAAGCUGGAUGAAGCCAGUGAUACUUUAAGGAAGAUGGAGGAAGAUGGGUUUGCUCCUGAUUGUGUCACUUAUAAUACUUUGAUUAACGAGUAUUGCAAGGCAGGGAAAAUGGCAGAAGCAUUUAAAAUGAUGAAUGAGAUGGGUAUGAAAGGUUUGAAGAUGGACAUCUUUACUCUCAAUACUCUUCUUCACACUCUUUGCAGUGACAAGAAGCUCGAUGAAGCAUUUGAGUUGUUUCAUACUUCAACUAAGCGGGGUUAUAUUCUUGAUGAGGUAAGCUAUGGAACCUUGAUCACGGGAUGCUUUAAGAACGAAAAGGCCAACAAGGGUUUUGAGCUUUGGGAUGAGAUGAAGGAGAAGCAGGUUGUUCCCAGCAUUGCCACCUAUAACACUAUAAUUGGAGGGCUCUGCCAGUCUGGAAAAACUGAUCAAGCAUUCGACAAGUUGAAUGAGCUUCUAGAGAGGGGUCUAGUCCCUGAUGGAACUACAUACAACACGAUAAUUCAUGGUUACUGCCGUGAGGGGAAUGUUGAGAAAGCAUUUCAGUUCCACAACAAAAUGGUUGAGAAAUCAUUCAAGCCAGAUGUCUAUACAUGUAAUACUCUUCUUUGUGGGCUAUGUAGAGAGGGUAUGUUAGAAAAAGCUCUGAAGCUUUUUAACACAUGGAUUUCGAAAGGGAAAGACAUUGAUGCUGUUACUUACAACACAUUGAUCUCAAGCCUUUGCAAAGAAGGAAGGUUUGAUGAUGUUUUUGAUCUUUUUUCGGAAAUGGAAGAAAAGAAAUUUGAACCGGACCAGUAUACAUACACUGCCAUUUUAGGUGCACUUACUGAUGCUGGUAGGAUCAAGGAAGCAGAAGAGUUUAUUUUGAAAAUGAUUGAUAUGAGAAAGUUACCUGGUUUGCCCUCAAAAUUGGAGGAGGUGAAAAAUGGAGUGAUCGAAACAUCAGUUGAAUCUGAUUCAAGCACUGGUGCUUAUUCAGAGAAAAUCAUUGAGUGUUGCUUUCAAGGUAAAUACAAGGAUGCAAUGCACAUUUUGGAAGAAUCAAUGCAGAAAGGCAUGACCUUAAGUCGAGAUGUUUAUAUUAAUUUGAUGAAUGGGCUGAUUAAGAGGCGAAAAAGCACAUCAAAGGCUGUUAAGCUGUAAUGAGACCUUAGGCUAUUUUUUACAAUGUCAGAGUGCACGAGCCUUGCCUGCGUGUUCCAUUUGAAUUUGACAACAACUGGACCAGGUUUAAUUCCUAUACAAUCUUCCUUAGUUCAAAAGAGUUAGCGGGAAGAACAUAGAUAUAUUGACAGUAUGAUUCACUUUGUAGAUGCACAAGAAUGAAUUUCAUGUAAUGACAAAGCCAAGGGAGAUCGCAACAAUAUUAUUUUGCUAAUCUUUAUGUUCUCUUUGGAUAUGCAAAUGGAGCAAAUGCAAAUUGGUUCACAUGAAAUGAAUGAUGUUUCUUUGUCCAUGCCAUUAAAUAUGAGGUGUGGUCAGGUCCAAUUAAAGGCGGGGCAUGGAAUCUUGUUCUCCAUUCGGAGACCAAAACUGAGAAUAAAUGGCAGCUGAAAGUGGGCCUAGUUUUCGUGAAAGGCGUUUCUUAUGGCUGAUGUGAGGAGGAACUGGUUCAUGAGGUUAGCAAUAAUCUGCACGAUGUAAGAAUAUAGUUCUGUUCUCCUUCCAAUGUAUUCUUAAUUUGAGAAUGCUAGAGGGAAGAAUGAAGGUGGUGAGGUUCCAUAUCAGCCUACAGUUUCGUACAAGAGGAAGUUUUCCCUUGGAACAGACCGUGACGUUUAAAAAGUGAUUUGUGUCCUCUUGCAUCUUUGUUAGCCUUUUGGACAAGAUUUGAAGGUUUAUUUUUGCAUCAUUAUUGACAAUGGCGAUUUCCGGGGUUUAAAGCACGUUUCAAGUCUAAUACCAUCAUCAAAGACUAAUUCUCCCUGACUUCCAGACUUCCAAAACCAUUCCUCUUACGAAAGAAGGGAAAGCCAUGGUCAAUGAAGGGCUGAAAGAUACAUUACUCAUCACAUAUGCCUGUCAGAAAUGAAUUAGACGGUACUGAUUUCAACGGUUCAGAUUCAUUUCGUUAGGGUUGAGCUCCAGAAAAGUGUCACCUCCACGCCUUCACGAGGAUCCCUGCAAUAUCUGGUACAAUUUGUGCUUUUCUGUAAAGUUACUUGUCAAUAGUGAAAGGAAGAUAGCUGAAUUGAAUAAGCUGAAAGGGUUGUAUGCUUUUGCACACUGUAUCAUAGAUGAACUGUCUUAUUUCUUCCUGAAAAAAAGGAGCCGUGUAAAUUAAGCGUUUGGAUGAUGGGAAAGGAAAGAAAUUCAAUAAAGCUUAUGAAGGAUGCUUGGUAGUA